GUGUGUACAUGUGUGUAUCGGAGUGGUAAUGACGGGGCAUUCUAUACUCUUCAUUCCUACUUUCCGUCUACGGCUCCCCAGGCUUAAAUACUCGACAACAAAAGAACCCAUGGUAAAUGAUCUACCGUAACAUACCACGAAGAAGUUUGUGUUGUGUAUGCAUUAUUUAAGAGUCAACUGUCGGAGACGUUGACAGAUAACUAUGUUACAGUAUUUGUGCAUUCAUUUUACUUACCUCUGUCACAAGUCGGUGCAAAGCACACAGCAUGGAAACUUGUGUUUGUGACAGAAAUCCAAAUCGAUUUGUCGCGUUGGGCAUAAACAUUGGAUAUUAACCAGACGUUCGAGAAGGAUACCUUGGGGGUGAAAGACGGCUUUACAUACACAUUGAAUUUCAGCGGAAAAUAUCAGACAUUUGCAAUGAGCUGCGUUAUUAAAUAUUUGUAACUUUUGAUUACUUCUGAAAUGGAUACUUCAAAAACGAAAUAAAUCAAAGCUGACUAUUGAAAUGGACAUUCUAAGAAUGAAAUGGACACGCUAGAGUUGUAGCAAACUGCUAUUGAAGUGAUAAGCGGCCUGACUGGAAUACAAAUGAACUCUGAACUAGAAAUGGACCGGCUGAUAUGUCUCAUGCGAAACACGAAGAUAAUUUAAAGAGCUAAACUGACAGAAGUAUAACAAAAGUACUCUGUUUAUAUUACGAUGUCUGAAUUAACAAUAGAUUGGGUCGAACGCUAUGCUACUUAUGACUACGUAACACAAGGAUUAAGUGAAUAUGAUUAUACUGAUCCGGACGAAGAGGCUCUUCUUCAGAAAGCUGAAGUGUUGUUUAAGACCCAGAGUUACGAAAUGGCCCUCGUGUACUAUAAUAGAGGUCUAAAACACUACCCUAGGAGUGCGGCAUUCCAGGAGGGCUCCAAGAAAGCCGACCACUUCAUCACAAAGGGCAACCGUAAAAAAGCGAAGAGAAUGAAGUUGACCCAUGCAGGAGAUCUGACAUAUCUUGUCCACAAAUCGCCUGCAGGUAAACCAUUUACAUUUGAGAACAAAACGAAGAGUCCUACAAAACAUUUACCGAAGCCAAGCGCGUCCUUUCGGGAUCGUCCACUUUGUCAGCUUAUCAGAAUACACAAGACACCUACAGUCAUCCUUCCUCGUGUGAUGUCACUUCCGAAUCUGUCCCACACGCCAUCUACUUCCGUUGCCACCCUGAACGAGGAAGAAAAACGUCCGGAAAGUAAGAUGGUGAAAACGACUCUGAAAGAACUCUACAAAGACAAAAAGUAUCUGGAAAAGCUGUCAAGUAGCUCAGUCUUUCCAGCUGUGGGGGGUAUGGGAAGUCCUAUACAAGACAAAGCAGAGGAUGCUGUCAGCUUUCUGUACGAUCGGUACCAUUACUGGAAUCGCCUUGGUCCACUUCCGCCUCCACCCCCUCUCCAGAAAUCGCGAGCGAGUAGAUUUAGUGGAAGUUCCUUGUCGGUAGAUACACUCGGAACAGCUCGGACUGGUGAUUCAAAGACAACAUGGAAAUCUGGAGACUCCGGAAUGAGCUGGAAAACUAAGACAAUCAAAUCAAGGCUUGGACUCAACAAGCCUGAUAAGGGAACGAAACCGAAGCCAGAUCCGACAUCACUGGAAUUUAAGUUUGAAACUCAUAAUCCCAGCAUGGAUCUUGGUACACGACGAAUGACAGAAAUCGCAGAAGAAAAUGAAGACUUGACCGAUUCAAAGCAAACGGAGGAAGAAACCAAAUCUAUCAGCCAUGCUGUGACGGAUUAUCUCAGAAAAGAAUUAGAUGUAAUUCUAUCACUGUAUGCACAAAGAAAAUUUGCGGACACCGUCAAGAAAUGCGAGUCUGGACUGGACCUUUUGGCGAAAUAUUCCGAGGCUAACGUUCCAGAGAAAUCUGAACUGACUGGCUUGUUUAACAGUUACCUUGGAAACGUGGCGGUACAAGCUGGUGAUUUCACACGGGCACUGAAACACCACACGAUAGACCUGAAAAUCGGCGAGAAAUGCGAUGUGAUGGCGUGCCGUUACAGGGCCCUCGGGAACCUUGGUCGAACACACAUGCUACAGGGGAAAUAUAACCGGGCACUGGAAAUGUACACUAUGAAAGCCCCGUUAUGUAAGACUGCAGGCGAAUCGUCUGCUUUGUUCCAUGACAUAGGAAAUUGCUUCCUCUUGCUAAAUAACUUCUCAUAUGCCCGUGACGCUGGCCGGAAGUCACUGGAAACUGGACAGGAAUCAGACGACAAGCGACUACAGCUUCAGGCAUGCGUCCUGAUUGGUCUGUCUGAAGUAAAUAUGAAGAAGUACAAGGAUGCCUACAACUCAUUUGAAACCGGCCUGACGCAUGCGCAGGCAUUGGGUGACAAGCAGGCGGAGGAAGCCAUGAACCAUGCUCUUAUAGACAUCAACAAGAAGCUGGCGAACAAGUCAAAGAAAUCUCAGGCGGAGUCACGUGACACGUAUCCGCCAUCUUCCCACGCGUCCGACUCUGCCCGAUCAGUAAUGGUGGAAGGUUAAGAUCAGAGACAUCACAAAUGUCCCAGGUAUCUGGCGACGUCACGUGCACUGUUUACUGCUGGCUGAAAGAUGACGUCGCAAUAUCAUAUGACAUAACAGGGAGAAGCUGACGUCAUAUAUAUAUGUAUCAAACAACGCUGGAAGAGAGUUCAAUACUGUUAGUGCUGUAGAAUGUGCGACAACACUGGAAAGGUCGAACGCUGUUUACAACAUAUUUGUUUCUUUACAGUUUAAUCGUUCCCGAACAUUAGGAAAAAGAAACGUAUUCAAAUUGCUUUUUUUGUACUUGCAAAACAAGUUCUUUCUUAAGGACCAGAAUCGGAUUUUUUUAUCUGCAAAAGCAAUUAUUAUGCCAAGUCUUUGUAUUAUGAAUUUCCCCCUUUUAUUUUUGAAGUAUAUGUUCAGUAUACAUGUAUUUGCCAUUUAAAGCAUAUUGUCCCUGACAACAAGUCGGUCCGUAUGGCACUAGGAUACUUCCUAUAGUUAAUGAAAUGUGAUCACAUCCGCUAAAGUGAUAUGAGGAUUUUUCAUGUAACACUUUUCCAGCCAACCGAAUCCCGUUUUUAACUCAGAUUAGUCGUGCGUUGAUAUAAGUAUAGCACGAUGUCGAACAGCAAUACUACAAUAAUUCGAGAAACAAUACAGGAUUAAAUCAUAUUAAACAAUGAUUAAGGCAAGUAAAAAUCCACAUUACUUUGCUUUCUGGUCUGAAUAUUUCAUUAUCACGUAAAUAUUGUUAAUAUAAAAUGUACAAACUGUUUCCUUGUAAUGUGCCGUCGGUUAUCCAGUGAAAUGUGAGCUUCAGCUUUAAAACAGAAAUCUGCUUAAAAGUUCAAGGGACGACCUUAUAUGGAAGCUACACGCAUUGUGUGUACUUCCAAAUGACGUCACGUGAUUUUCUGCUCUAUUUUAUGAAUGAAUGCAGACCUGACAUAUGCCGUAUUGUGGUAAACAAUCCCCGGAGUUCGUUUAUACAAGAUAGCACUUAUUAAAUACACUCCCGUUUCUUUACACGUUUUGCAAUUAAUUUAUACCCCGCAAGCUAAUUGUUAUAUUGCUUCUUUGUGAAACUUCGUUUUUUAGAAAUAAACAUUUCAAAAAGGUAACGACAUUGUCUUGUUCUAUAGAUAGGAAUGUCAUGAUAUGACUUUUUAAGCAAUGACUGUUUUAG